AUGGAGUCACCCAUAAUCGGUUAUUGCUUUUCACAUGAGAAAUUUUUGUCACUAAAUUUUGAACAAUUUUUAAUUUUAUGUAAGAAAGCAAAUAUAAAAACACUUGAGAUUAAUGAUGAAUAUUUAAACACAGUCAGUCAACAACAACAACAACACCAAUUGUCAUCACCGUUACCGAAUAUAAUUAUACAUAAAUUAACCGAUAUGUUAAGUCGUGAGCUAGUUGAUGAUGAUAAAACAGUUCAUCUAUUUUUAGAAAAAUUUCGAAAUUUAAUUAAAAGGAAUGAAUCGACAAUAUUAAUGAUCGAUAAUCUUGAAUCAGUAACAAAACUACUAAAUAGACAAAUACAAUAUACAUUAUUAAAUGAAAUUGAAGAUUUGUACGUACCACCAUUUAUUAGUAUUACUGAUGAAUCAAUAGCUCAUAAAAACAUUCAACAAUUAUUAACAAAUCAUAAUAUACAGUAUCCAGUUAUAUGUAAACCAAUACGAGCACAUGGUAUGUGA